AUCACUUUUCCAAAGGAAGAAAAGUUGGCAUUGAACAACUUGGUUGUGUAUAGAACAAUAUCUGAUAGCCAUAAUCAGCAUUUAAGCUAAAUGUAGAUUAGUUGAUUCCUCACAAGCAACCUUGGUUAACAAUUGUAACCAUGGUUUUAACAGUAAAACUGAUAACCAUGGUUAGCACUUGCCAUAAAAGUCACAAAGAAGCAUACAUUACUUCCUUACUGAUUUUAUUGUUGGUAUAUUCUGCACUUCAGCAUCAUAUUGAAUCCAAAGAAGCUAUGGCUUUUGUGGGAGAAGCUUUCCUCUCAGCUGCUGUGGAGGUGUUGUUGAACAGGAUCAUUUCCUGUGAGUUCCAAGACUUCUUUCACAGCAAGAAGCUUGACUUUUUGCCACUGAGAAAGCUUAGAAUAACACUGCUGAGUCUUCAAGCUGUACUUAAUGAUGCAGAAGAGAGACAGAUCACCAACCCUGCAGUCAAGGAAUGGCUGGAUGAGCUCACACAAGCUGUCUUUGAUGCAGAAGAUUUGCUGGAUGAAAUCAACACUGAGGCUUUGCGAUGCAAAUUAGAAGCCAACUCUCUGAGUCAAUCCACUACUGAUCAGGUGCUGAACUUCUUUUCCUCCCCUUUCAACAAUUUUCAAAAAGUUACCAAUUCCAAAAUACAAGAAUUGUUCCAAAGAUUAGAACAAUUUACACUGCAAAAAGACAUCCUUCAACUAAAAGAAGGUGUUUCCAGCCGUGUCUGGCAUAGAACUCCUACUAGUUCUGUGGUGGAUGAAUCCACUAUUUAUGGCAGAGAUGGUGACAGACAGAAACUGGUAAGUUAUUUGCUGUCAGAAGAUGCUGGUGGCUGUAAAGUAGGAGUGAUUUCCAUUGUGGGCAUGGGAGGGCUUGGGAAAACAACACUUGCCAAACUCCUUUACAAUGAUCCAAAUGCACAAGAGAAAUUUGAUUUGAAAGCAUGGACACAUAUUUCUGAUGAUUUUGAUGUUUGCAAGGUUACUAAAACCAUUCUUGAAUCUGUCUCCUUCAAAUCAAACGAUAUAAAUAACCUGAAUAUUCUACAAGUGGAAUUGAAGCAAAGCUUAAGCAACAAAAGAUUUUUGCUUGUAUUGGAUGACAUAUGGGAUGGGAGCUAUGUUGAUUGGAACAAUCUGAUGGAUAUUUUCAGUGCUGGGAAAAUGGGGAGUAGAAUCAUCAUCACAACUCGAGAUGAGAGUGUCGCAAGAGCCAUGCAAACUUUUUUACCUAUCCACCAUUUGACAUCUCUGACUAGUGAAGAUUGCUGGUCUUUACUUGCUAGACAUGCAUUUGGAGCAAAUAAUUGCAGCCAACACUCAACCCUAGAAGAAAUUGGUAAAGAAAUAGCAAAAAAAUGUGAUGGGUUACCAUUAGCUGCAGUAACAGUUGGGGGUCUUCUUCGUACCAAAUUAUCAGAAAAUUAUUGGACCAAAGUAUUAAAAAGUAACAUUUGGGAUUUGCCCAAUGUUAAGGUUCUGCCAGCUCUACUGUUGAGCUAUCAUUACCUCCCUGGUCCUUUGAAACGAUGCUUCGCUUACCUAUCCAUAUUCCCAAAGAACUCCAAGAUAGAAAAAGAGAUGGUGGUUCGGUUAUGGAUUGCAGAAGGCUUAGUAUGUCAGUCCAAAAGUGACAAAACUAUGGAAGAAAUCGGUGAUGAAUACUUUGAUGAACUAGUAUCAAGGUCACUGAUACACAGGUCACUAACCUGGCAUGCAAAAUUUAAAAUGCAUGACCUGAUCAAUGGUUUAGCCACAAUGAUUUCAUCUACAUACUGUGUCAGGCGUGAGGAUACAAUGUCACAUGCAAGUGUUGAAAGAAUUCGUCAUUUUUCAUACAAUAGAGGAGAGUAUGACUCUUUCAAUAAAUUUGAUCACUUUUAUGAAUCAAAAGGUUUGCGUUCCUUCAUAGCCUUACCAUUAAGACUAUGGUGGAUACGAAAUGGUCGUUUUUCCGCUCAACACUUGUCAAACAAGGUAGUACAUGACUUGUUACCAGCAAUGACAAAGCUAAGGGUGUUGUCCUUGUCACACUACGUGAAUAUCACUGAGUUGCCUAAUUGUCUUGGAAAUUUGAUUUUUCUGCGAUACUUAGAUCUUUCUAACACUAGAAUUCAGAGAUUGCCAGAAGUAACAUGCAAGCUCUACAAUAUGCAGACCUUGUUGUUGUCCAAUUGUUGGUCACUCACUGAAUUGCCUGAGGACAUUGGAAAUUUGGUAAAUCUACAGCAUUUAGACAACAGUGGGACUAGAUUGAAUAAAAUGCCUAAACAAAUAGCCACACUACAAAAUCUUCAAACCUUGUCCACCUUCGUUAUCAGUAAGCCACAAGAUGGAUUGAUGGUUGGAGAGCUGAAAAAUUUUCCCCGUCUACAAGGGAAACUCUCCAUUCUGAAGCUACAAAAUGUAGUAGACCCCUCUGAAGCUUUCCAAGCCAAUUUGAAGAACAGAGAACAAAUAAAUGAGUUAGCACUAGAAUGGGAUUGUGGUACAACUGAAGACACACAAACUGAAAGGCUUGUACUUGAGCAGCUGCAGCCUCCAGCAAACUUGAAGAAACUGACCAUCAAGUGUUAUGGUGGAACGAGCUUUCCAAAUUGGCUGGGUGAUCCUGCAUUUGAUAACAUGGUGCACUUACGCAUCAGUGGCUGUGAUCAUUGUUGGUCACUGCCUCCCCUUGGGAGAUUAGUUAGUCUCAAAGAACUCUACAUUUCUGACAUGAAAUUAGUGAAGACUGUUGAUACUGAAUUCUAUGGAAGUACUUCACCUUCAUUUCAACCGUUUCCCUCCUUGGUGAUUUUGAGCUUUGAGGGGAUGCUAGGGUGGGAAGAAUGGAAUAUGAUCGGAGGUACAGUUAUAGAGUUUCCUAGCCUAUCAGAUCUCUCUCUCAAGAAUUGUCCCAAACUCAAAGGAACCUUACCCACCAAUUGCCCUUACCCAAUUGAUUUUGAGCUAUCAGGUUGUCCAUUACUGUUUGCAAUGGUAUGUCCUGAACUCAAAGAAAGCAAUCUCCAUUCCUCAAUUGAACUUCAGUCCACCAGUAACAUCCUAAACUUGACUAUCUCAGGCGUUACCUCCCCAGCAUCCCUUAGAGAUGGUCUGCCCACAACACUGAAAUAUCUCACUUUACGUAAUUGUAAGAAGCUGGAAUUCCUGCCUCAUGAAACCUUGAACAAUUACACAUCACUUAAGGAAUUAACAAUAUUUAAUAGUUGUCAUUCAUUGACUUCCUUUACCUUAGGUUGUCUUCCUGUGCUAGAAAGUCUUAGUAUCUCUGGUUGUAAGAAUUUGAAAUCUAUUUCUAUCGCAGAAAACUCUUCCCCAAGUCUCUCACUUCUUCAGUGGUUGAGCAUAAGAUCUUGUCCGGAACUUGACUCAUUUCCCGCAGGUGGAUUGCUCAUUCCUAACCUCACUACUCUGGCUAUGUCGUCCUGUGACAAGCUCAAUUCACUCCCUGUACCAAUUAACACUCUUGCUCCCCUUCAAACGUUGAGCAUUCAGAAUCUUCCAAAUCUUGAGUCUUUUGCCCAGGAGGGUUUGCCUAUCAGGCUACGCAGUUUUACUGUAUGGAGUAGAGGGAGUUUCUUGACAACAACUAUCGGUGAGUGGGGUUUGCAGAAGCUCACUUGUCUUUCAUCAUUGCGUAUUGGAGGUGAUGAAAUUUUGAAUGCGUUUAUGAGGAUGAAAAUGCCAUUGCUGCCUACUUCUCUUGUGUCCUUAUCCAUAUGUAAUAGUUUUGGUAUAAAAUGCUUGGAUGGGAAGUGGCUUCAGCAUCUAACCUCUCUUGAAAAGCUUGAGAUUCAAUGUUUUCGCCAACUUGAAUUCUUACCUGAAGAGGGAUUGCCUUCCACUCUUUCAGUAUUGACCAUCUGGAAGUGUCCAUCAUUAGAAGUUAGUUGUAGCAACGGAGGGAAAAAUUGGCCGAAGAUUUCUCACAUUCCGUGCAUAAUUAUUAACAAGGAAGUGAUCAUAUAAAUGUUUAGUGCUCUUAAAAGAGAGAUUGUUAGGAUUAUAAAUGUGAAAUGAAAGCAAGAUGAACAGUAUUUAAGAAAAAAAUAAAACACCACCUUGGACUAAUGUUUUCUUUUUUUAUGUUGUUCAUCUUGUUCAUUCUAACCUGGUACACGAAGUCACUUUUGGAAUCCUAACACAUGGAAGCAGACUCUCAAAGCUUAAGAUAUGCAGGAACUACAUGAGCACAAACCUGAAUCUCCACAAAUGUGACAAAUGUUGGCGGGUCAUUCUUCAAAGGUGACAAAUGUUGCCUCCAAUUUACUUUCUGCGGUUAACAUCUGUGCAGUUUCCAUUAGCAUGUAGCAGUUGUACCAAAUCUCAUGUUCCAUUCUUCUCUCAUCUAUUCAAUUGUACUUCUAAAAGCUACAAUUUUUCAUGAAUGCCUGAUUCAAUCUUUCUCUGACCCUCUUUCUUUCAUCAACAAUUGGUAUUGAAGAGAGUGUUUUUGAGGUUGUCGUUAUCGUGCACUUUUCUUGAA